AUGUCUCUAAAAUACUACAUCGAACAAUCACUCAAGGUCGUCCGACUGACCUCCCACUCGGAUCUCAACAAGAUCCAACACCUGGACGUAACCCUUCAAGCAGACAACGAGAACCUGAUCGUCAUAUACGGGGGAUCGUUUAAUCCCCCUCACAAGGGUCACCUGAACGUGCUUCUCUCCGGCCUCCGACCCGAACUCGGAGCUGCAGCGGUGCUCAUCCUCCCCAGUGAGGAUUUCCACCUCCGCAAUAAGCUCGCCAGCAGCCAUCCGGACUUCUUCCUCAGCCAAAGCCGCCGUGCAGAUCUUCUAGCCGCCAUUCCAAAUAUCCCAAAGGAUCGCGUCUGGGUGUGGAGUAGUACCUGGUAUCCGUUGAAACCGUUUAUGGAGACGGUGGUGCAGCUGACGCAGGCGGACGGGUUCAAGGUGGCGUUUGCACAUCUGGUCGGGCCAGAUAAUUUGAAACUGGAUGACCCGCUGGACAACUAUCCGUACAAGCUACCGAGAAUGUUGAUUACUAAUAAGGCGAGACACGUCGCCGAGCAUUUUCGGGACGAUGGACGGCCUGCGAUGUGGAAAGGUUUUGGGGAGUGGUCUCGUUAUGAUAACGGGAAGGAGAGGGACACGGUGAAUGAGGAGAAAGAGGUGGUGCUGUGGACGUGCAACGGGGUGGAUGACAGCUAUCCGAAGAGGAAGGGCUACUAUUUACAGUUUUUGAGGCCCGACCCUACCGACAUCAACUCGACCAACUUGCGGAGAGAUUUGAUCCAAACCCACUGUCUGAAUGAAGAAAGACUCAGUCGGCUAAGUACUAAAGCUCUCGUUGAGCUCUUUGGAGAAAUAUUGGGGAAUUGA